AUGUCGCUAUUUGCCAACCUCUCCGAGGCGGAACCUGAUGCCGCCUUUGCCUUGAUUGAGGCAUACAAGGCAGACAAUUUUCCCUUCAAAGUUGAUCUCAGUCCCGGGUUCUACCGUGACGAGGAUGCAAGGCCUUGGAUCUUGCCGUCUGUAGAAAAAGCUAAACAACAGCUAUGGAGUGACUCGACUACAGAUCACGAACAUUUGCCUAUACUCGGCCAUACCGCCCUACUCGACAGAGCCCAAAGCCUCAUAUUUGGUGCAACAUGCAAAGAUGCCGCAACAAUCGCCUCCAUCCAGACCAUCGCAGGCACUGGGGCAAAUCACCUCGGUGCUUUGUUUUUGGCCAAGGCUCGCCGUCCCCGAUCCGUUUGGAUAUCAGACCCUACGUGGAUCAACCAUCAUGAAAUUUGGCAGUGGGUAGACAGCAGAAUUGAGCGUCAAACAUACCCAUACUUCAAUAAGCAGUCGUUCACUAUUAAUUUCGAAGACACCAUAUCGACCCUCAAGUUGAAGGCCAAAGAGGGUGACAUUGUUAUCUUCCAUGGUUGCGCACACAACCCUACCGGAAUUGAUUUCACCAAGGAUCAGUGGAAGGCUGUAGCUGCUGUAUGCGAGGAGAAAAACCUUGUUCCUUUUUUUGACGUUGCCUAUCAGGGCUUUGCUACUGGAGAUUUGGCAGAAGAUGCCUGGUCAGUGCGGCAUUUCUUCUAUAACACAUCUCUGGAAAUGUUAGUAGCCCAAUCAUUCUCCAAGAAUUUCGGUCUGUAUGGCGAGCGUGUGGGCGUACUUCACGUUGUAUGCCGGACGGAAAUUGCUAAAUCCAAGACUCUCAACAUGCUUUCACGACUUUCGCGCGCUGAAAUAACAACUGCCCCCAUUAACGGAGCCAGGAUUGUGGCAAAAGUACUUGGAGACGCAGACCUGAAGCAACAGUGGCAAAAGGAUUUGCUUCACAUGAGUCACCGUAUGAAGUCAAUGCGAAAAAGACUAUUGGACGCGCUCUUGAAAUACCAAACGCCAGGUUCUUGGGAUCACAUACUAACGGAUAUUGGAAUGUUCUCAAUGACAGGCUUACAACCAGAUCAAAUUCGACAAUUGAAAGGGAUCUACCACAUCUAUCUUCUGCCAUCUGGGAGAAUAUCUAUAACAGGAUUGACGGAACAUAAUGUGGAGUAUGUUGCAAUGUCGAUCAAUAAAGUAGUUACUACUCCCAAACUUAAAUAG